UGUCAACAAAAGAUGGACGUUCAGAAAGAUGGAAGAUAUAGAGAGCACUAAGACUUCAGACGAGAUCAUCAAUGAGCUGUUCAGUUCUCUGAAUGUACCAUUGUCACCCAAGCCCUGUGAAGAGGAGUGCAAGAACAGACAGGAGAGGGGGGACAGUACAGAGCCUGAGGUCCCACCUGCAUCAGACAACAGUGAAGACGAGGACAGUGACUCGAGGUCUAGUGCAAGUGAGGAGGGCAAGCAGGAUGAGGUUCAAUUGAUCGAGGCUGGCAGUCAGGAGAUGGAAAAGGCAGAGCGUCAUAGGUCCUCCAAGAAGAAGAAAGACAAGAAGAAAAAGAAGAAAAAAAAGAAGAAGAAAGAGGAAGGUGGUAGCAAGCACAAGCACAAGAAGAAAAGGAAGAAAGAUGCUGAGAAGGAGCACAAUGGCCGAGAAGAAUCAAAGAGGGCAGAAGAGGGAUCGGAGGUUAAGCAGGCAGAGGCGGAUGAGCAGCCAAAGGAGAAAGAGAAAGACAAGGAGAAGAUCCAACCACCAUCCCCAGAGGACAAAAAGCCAGAGAAAUUGCCGUCCCAGUCAGAAAGUCCCAAGAGGCCAGAGAAAAUUCCCAAGUUGGUUGAGUCAGACAACAAACUCAAACGCAAACUGGCGGUGGAGACAGAGACCAGAGAGGAGUCUAGCAGGAAACACAGAAAAACAGAUCACUCAAGGUCUUCCAGAUCGUGCUCACCUUCCAAAUCCCGUUCUCAUACGAGGACCAGCCGUCGCUCACGCUCCAGGUCGGCUGGUAGAGGUCACAGCAGAUACUCUAGGUCUAGGUCCAGGUCUAGGUCAAAGCCGCACAGUUACUCACGGUCGCACUCUAGAACCCACAGGAAGUCAAGGAGCAGAUCCCCCUUUGCAUCAGACAGGCGGAGGAGAAAACGUUCUUCGAGGUCAUACUCUAGGUCUGCCUCACCUAAACGUUUCAAGAGACGAAGGUCAUCCAGGUCGCGUUCCAAGUCUCCCUCUGGGAGGUCUUCCUCAAGUCAUCGCUCAGGAAGCAGGUCCAAGUCUCGAGCCAAGGCAUCAUACUCCCGGGAGGUGUGUGACCUGCUGGACAAGGCUAGAGAAAGGGUGGGACGAGUGGAUGCUUCCAAGGCCCAUAGCACCACCAGCAUAGAUGUUAGCAGCAUCCCCACCCCGGGUUCCACUAUCGUUCCUAGGCCGCAGGGCACCCUCAGUGACCUCAUUGCGCUGGACAGCAUUCCUCUACCCAUUCCCCCUCCUGCUGCCCCAGACCCUAGCUCUAUCCCUCUACCUCAGCCCCUUGGGUUUUCCGAUGAGAAGGAUGCCCAUUCCAAGGGCAUAAAUGGCAUUGGACUGGACCUUGAGACCAUCCCAGUUCCUGCACCCACCAAUAUGUCUCCGCAGAAGGACCAAGACAGUGCCAGGGCAGGAGAUGUGGCAAAGGGGAAACAAGAAGAAGAUGUCAUGCGCCUUGACAUUAAACCGCGGUUAGCAAUCCAUUGGAAGUCCAGUUGUGUUAUACGAUAUGACAACUUGACUGCCGGUCCACAGCGGCAAGGAAUAGUAGUGUGCCAGAGAUGGAAUAGCGUUACCUACGCUGGAAACGCCCGGUGCGCUCCAUUCCGUCACUGGCUUAAACCCAUUGCGAUGACGUUAAGUUGUGUGGCGUCACCACAGUCCGAGUAUGAGUGGCAUGAGUACGUUAAGUGGACGGAGAUACAGAGUCACCAGCUCUCGACUCUAAGUUUUUUCCAUGGAAUAAAUGAGAGACUGGGACUGGGGACUGGGAGAAUUGCGAUAAAUCUAGAAGAGCUACUACUGGGGCGAGAAUAUCAGAGCAGUCUGCCCAGUCUAUGGCUGCGAUUAAUGAGUUUUAGAGCUGUCUGUCAUAGGCGCAGGUUUGCUUGUAGGUGUAUUGAGCCACGAGAGGAGAAUGAGAAACAAUGUACCAGAGACUCUAUGCAUGAGAGCCUCGCAAGGGAAAGCUUGGUCUUCCUCCAGCCGCAGGUUGAAGAAGAAGGCAGAGAGGAAGGCCUAAAGAAUGCAGAGCUUGAGGAAAGAAGGGAAGACAGUGGGGCAGCAUGGAAGAAGGGGAGAUUGCCAGUGAGGAGGAAGAACCACAAGAAAAAUCCCAAAGCAAGCCCCAUAAGAAAAAAUCGAAAAAAGACAAGGACAGACACAGAGACAAACGGAAGUCUAAGAAGGAUAAGACAGGAAACAAAGAAAGAAAAGAAAAAAAGAAGGGAGCGAGAUCGGAGUAGGUCCAGAACCCAUGAGCGCAUCAAGUCAAGGAGUAGGUCACGGAGUCAUGAUAGAGUGAGGUCGCGGACCAGGUCAAGGACCCAUGAGAGAGGAAGAUCGAGAAGCAGGUCCCGGUCAAGAGAGAGGCACAAGUCAAGGAGACAUUCAAGAGAGCAGCUGGGUGCCAGUGUCCCCCAAGGAGAAGAAAGAAGGAGAGGACAAAGUAUUCCCAGAGCCAGAACCCGUGCAGGCAGUGGACAUCUCACAGAUUGUGUCAACGCGGCUGAGUGCAAUGAGGAAGCUGCAGGACAACCCGCACGACAUUGAAGCCAUCAAAGCCUUGCACAACGUCCAGAAAGAAAUGCAGAAUUGGGCACUGAGCAAACAGGAACCGUGGCCAGUUUACGGGUUCAACCGGGUCAAGGUUCUGUCGCAGAGCCUCAGGGCAAACGGCAGCCCCUCAGACUGUUGUGUUUCAGAUUCCUCCCAGUGCAGGUUCUCCAUCACCACCACCGAGGGCUUUUUCAUCACUUUGUAUCUUGAAAUCCCUCUGCAGAAAUGUGCUAGAGGUGAUUCAGUUGCCAAUCUUUUUGUCAAUGGAGAAUUUGAUUUGGCUUCCGAGCAGUUUAAGGAGGCUGCCCCUGUCAGACCACAGUUCGGGCUGAAGAUGCUGCAGAAGAUGGGCUGGUCACCAGGGGAGGGCCUUGGCAAGAACAAGGAGGGCACUCUUGAGCCCCUUCUGCUUGAUGUCAAGAUGGACAAGAAGGGUGUGUCUCCUCCCAGUCCUUGCUUAUUCAUCAGUGGUGUAGCUAGACAUUUGGGAGCCUUCAGGACUAGGGCCCUAAAACGUAUUGAACCAAGCAAAGCCUACCUUGCUCCAAGGGAGCAUGAGCCCCCAAAACAAUAUCAGCCGACCUAUAUCAAGGUGAAAGAAAAUUAUGACCCCUGGAUGGUGGUCCCAACAGCUCAUACAAAUAAGAAUUCAGACAGCUGCUUGUUGGCUCGAGAUUCCCCGAGAGUUGUUCAGUCUCCUUUGAUCGAGACCUUUUGCCGAAGGGAAGAGAAAUAA